CAUACACUGACUGAUUCACGUAUGAACUUAUGGAGUACAUGUACAUCUUGCUGUUGUGGAUCGGCGCUCUGCUGCCAGGGCCGCGGAUUUGCUUUAAUAUUGACACAAGACAUGCAAAAAUCAUCAAGGGUUCGAAAGAGGCUCAGUUUGGAUAUACGGUUCAACAACACGAGGCCGGUGGGCGGAAAUGGCUCUUAGUAGGAGCUCCCUUUGAGAAAAACGGUGACCAUCAGACAGGUGACGUCUACAGAUGUCCACUAGACGGCAAACGAGCCACAAACUGCACACGACUGCAUCUAGGUAAGAUAUCUCUAAACAACGUGUCCGAACGGAAAGAGAAAAUGAGGUUGGGAAUGACUCUCACCUCCAACCCUAAGGAUAACAGCUUUGUGGCAUGCGGGCCGCUGUGGUCGUACGAGUGUGGAAGUUCUUACUACAGCACGGGCAUCUGUUCGAGAGUCGAUAGCAGCUUCAACUUCACCCACAGCAUCGCUCCGGCCUUUCAAAGAUGCGAGACCUACAUGGAUAUAGUGAUUGUGUUAGAUGGAUCCAACUCCAUCUACCCCUGGUAUGAGGUUCAAGAUUUCCUGAUUAAUGUGCUACAGAAGUUUUACAUCGCUCCAGGACAGAUCCAGGUAGGUGUGGUGCAGUACGGCGCACGAGUAGUGAACGAGUUUCGGCUGGAUGAUUUCCGUACGGUUGAUGAGGUUGUAGCAGCGGCUAAGAAUAUCGACCAGCGAGGUGGAGAGGAGACGCGCACGGCUCUCGGGAUUAAUGCGGCUCGAACCCAAGCAUUCAAACAAGGAGGUCGUCCAGACGCUAAGAAAGUCAUGAUUGUCAUCACUGAUGGAGAAUCGCAUGACAGCCCAGACCUGCAGAAAGCCGUGGAAGAAAGUGAGAAGGAUAAUAUCACCUUGUAUGGUAUUGCGGUUCUUGGCUACUAUAAUCGGCGAGGAAUCAAUCCUGAAGCUUUUCUGAGGGAAAUCAAGUUCAUUGCCACUGAUCCCGAGGAGCACUUCUUCAGCGUCACUGACGAGUCGGCCCUGAAGGAUAUCGUUGAUGCUCUGGGAGAGAAGAUCUUCAGCUUGGAGGGCACCAACCAGAAUGGUACAGCCUUUGGUUUGCAGAUGUCUCAAGCUGGAUUCUCCACACAUAUCGUGGAGGAUGGGAUUCUGGUUGGUGCCGUUGGCGCAUACGACUGGAACGGAGCUGUUCUGAAGGAGACCCGUCAUGGUAAAGUCAUCCCACCAAAGUCUUCUUACACGAAAGAGUUCCCAGAGGAACUGAAGAACCACGCAGCAUAUCUGGGGUACAUGGUGUCCUCGGUGGUGUCGGCUCAGUACGGUCAGCUGUACGUCGCUGGAGCCCCUCGAUUCAACCACACGGGAAAGGUGGUGAUCUUCACCCUGACCAACAGUGGAAACCUCACCAUACUGCAUUCUCUCUACGGUCAGCAGAUUGGGUCGUAUUAUGGAAGUGAGUUGGCACCGAUUGAUCUGGAUGACGAUGGAUUGACAGACCUUUUACUUGUUGGAGCUCCCAUGUACUUCUACAGAGGGUGGGAGAAAGGCCAAAUUUACAUCUACACCAUCAACUCACAGGGCUCUUUUAUAGCGGAUGGGACUCUUGGACCAUCAGAACAGGCCCAUGAUUCUCGUUUUGGUGCGGCUAUGUCCGCCCUUCCGGACUUGAAUGGUGACGGCUUCAGUGAACUGGUUGUGGGAGCGCCACUGGAAGACAACCACAAAGGAGCUAUCUAUCUCUUCUAUGGUCGACAAAAAAGCGUCCAACCCAAAUACAAACAGAGAAUAGCCGGUGGUGACGUCUCUCCAGGUCUCCGUUAUUUCGGCCGCAGUGUUCAUGGGAUGAUGGAUGUAAAUGGAGAUGGGCUCAUAGAUCUGUCUGUGGGCUCCUUAGGGGCUGCAGUUCUGCUUUGGUCUCGCAGUGUUGUCCGCGUGGGGAUCAGCGUUAAUUUUGAGCCUUCAAAAAUCAAUGUUUUUAAUAAAGACUGCAUCCGGGGAGGCCGAGAGGUGUCGUGUAUGUUGGCCAACGUUUGCCUGAACGUCACUGCGCGGACACCGAUGACGGAUCCGAAGAGAGUCGCACUGAGAUACAGCUUUGGCUUCGAGGAGAACGGAUAUUUCCCCAGAGUCGUGUUAGACAGCACCGAAGACCCUCAGCCCAGAGACGUCACCCUGCGGAUAGACUCAAAACACUGCCUGCAAGUGUAUUUCCACGUUCAUGAAGUGACAGACUACACACGACCCGUGAUCUUCACUGUCAACGCCGGCCUGCGAAACACAGAAGAAGGGCCGGUUCUGGACGACGGGUGGCCAACCAGUCUGCAAUCAGAGCUCCCGUUCUGGAACGGUUGUGAUAAUGACGAUCAGUGUGUUCCCAAUCUCGUCUUGCAGAGCAGCUCCGACUUAUUAGAUCGCAGGCAGUUCUGCGUGCGUAGCGAGCGCUCCUCGUGGCCGGUGUGUGUCCAUCAGAGAGCGAGAGCGAGUAAUGAGCGUGUGGUGGAGGCCAGCCGGAGGAAAGUCCUGGUCGAGGCGCGUUUGGAGAACCGAGGAGAGAACGCGUACGGCACGAUCCUGCACCUCACGCACUCUCCAAACCUUCAGUUCUCCAGUCUGGUGGUCAAGGCACCUUCAGACAUUGCAGUCGAGUGCCUGAACUCUGAUGAUACGAGCCUCUACCGGACAUGCAACGUCAGUGCGCCGUUUAUGAGGUCCCACGCUCAGUUAUAUUUUCGCCUGGAGUUUGAGUUCAGCAGAUCGGUCUUCUUGAACUACGUCCAGAUCAGCCUGAGGGUCUCCAGUGAAGGUGAAGAAAUGUUUCCAGAGGACAAUAUUAAUGACAUUUAUCACAGUCUGAAAUAUGAGGCUGAUAUUCUCUUCACAAGAGAUUCCAGUUCGUCCCAUUUUGAGAUCAAACCUGAGCUUUCCCAGAGCGUUCCUGUUGGGAUUGGACCGCCCUUCAACCUCUCUUAUCAGAUCCAGAAUCUCGGCCUUUUCCCCGUAUCUGAGCUUCUCUUCACGUUAAAUGUCUUCAGUGUGACCAGAAACGCAAACACUCUCUUGCACCUUUCAGACUUGGAUAUCGAUCAGAUGGCUGGAUCACACUGCAAUGUUCCACGUGUCAUUACGGCCGGCUCGUCCUCGCAGGAAGACCUCUCUCUCAACCCGCACAUGAACGCAUCCACCAGCGAUGCAUUACUUGCGCAAUGUAGAAUAAACCUGCUUCCUCAAGGAGACGUUAGCAUCACCGCAACCGGAUGGCUCAAUCUUCACACUUUAUUAGCCGUGAGAUUUAAACGGUUAGAUCUGGUAAUGACGGGAGCCGUUGAGUUGAGCCCGUCCAGUCCAAUGUUCCUCCAUGAGGAAAGGCCCAUGAGACACAUAAUCCUGGAGAUUAGGAAGGAGGACGAAUACAGAAUUCCCAUCUGGGUGAUUAUUGGAAGUACUCUGGGAGGACUACAGCUUCUGGCCCUGCUGGUACUGGCGCUCUGGAAGCUUGGAUUCUUCCACAGGCAAAGGAGAAAGAGAGAAGAGCAGGCGACCAAUGAGAAGACAGCAGAGGAUCGGUAACCGCACGGCAACCUCCUCAGCCAAUCACUCAGGGAUUCUCCAGACAUGGUGUGCGUCAGCCAAUCAGCUGCUCUCGAGCACUGCCACGCCCUCCUGCAGUCUGACCAAUCAGCUCGCUUCGUGCUGCCAAUUAAGAUGAAAAGAGGUGAAGAGAUGAGGCCUGAAGGCUUCAGUGUGAGGGUUUGAAAUCCAGGUCAAAAGAGAAAGAGGUGGAAAGUAUGGAAGCUUGUUUGUGCCAAAGAAUACAUUUUAAGAUAAAAGUAAAAAUACUUUUUUUUUCUCACAUU